AUGGAGUUCGGGGCCGGAAAAGACCACUUAACCUUGUUGGGCUUGGCCGUGUACACCGCCUCUUUUCCUGAGGACAUCGGCCCGAACAAGGGUGUGCUGACCGUGGGAGCGACAGAUGCUGACUCAGGCUCCAGUGCGGAGAUCCAAUAUUCACUCUUUGGCAUCGGCGUGGAAGACUUCUACAUGGACGCCAACACGGGCGAGCUGCGCACGGCGGCGCCCAUGGACCGCGAAACCACGCCCGCCUACAAGCUCAUCGCCCAGGCGACGGACGGAGGCGGCCUCUUCUGCCGCGCCGACGUCUCCCUCAGGGUCUUGGACGUGAACGACAACCCGCCCUCGUUCGCGUCCUCGCGCUACGCGGCGAGCGUGUACGAGAACGCCGCCGCCAACACCCUCCUCACGCGGCUGCAGGCCAGCGACCCCGACGAAGGCCUCAACCGGACCGUGGUCUACUCCCUGCUGGACUCGGCCGACGGCUUCUUCUCCAUCGACCCGGUUUCCGGGGUGGUGGUUCUGGAGAGGACCCUGGACCGGGAGAGCCGGGACUCCUAUCGGCUGCGCGUACGGGCCAGCGACCAAGCCGGGCUGCAGGGGGCGCUGUUUUCUCAGGUGGACUUGACCGUCUUGGUCUUGGACGUCAACGACAACGCCCCGGUAUUCCAGAGGCGGGACUAUGCCGUGACCGUCCCCGAGGACGUGGCGGUGGGCACCGAGGUGCUCCGAGUGCUGGCCACGAGCGCCGACAUCGGUCCCAACGCCGACAUCGCCUACAGGAUCCGCUCGGGCAAUGAGUUGGCCAAGUUCUCCAUGGACAGGAUCCUCGGGUCCGUUUUCGUGAGCGACGACUUGGACUUCGAGGUGUGCAAGGACUACUACCUGACGGUGGAGGCCUGGGACGGCGGCAGUCCUCCGCUCAGCGCCGCCACCAUGGUGAGCAUCCAGCUGAUGGACGUCAACGACAACGCCCCGGCUUUCAGUCAGGACGUCUACAACGUGCUGGUGGGCGAGGACGCACCGGUCGGACAUUCCAUAACCAAGGUGCUGGCAGAGGACCUGGACAGCCAAGUCAAUGGACGCAUCACCUACUCCAUCCUCAAAGGUGACCGCGCUAACCACUUCUGGAUCGACCCGGUGACGGGGCUCCUCAAAGUCAAUAAGCGUCUGGACCGAGAGCUGGUGUGGCGCUACACCCUGUCAGUGCAAGCCUUCGACAGCGGCUCCCCCGCCAUGUCCUCCAGCGUCGCCGUCAACGUGGACGUCGCCGACGUCAACGACAACGCGCCCGUUUUCACCCCGCCCAACGCCACGGCCGUGGUCCAGCUGAGCCAGACUCCGGGCAGCGUCCUCCUGCAGCUGUCCGUCAGCGACAAAGACUCCCCCAGGAACGGGCCGCCCUUUGAGUUCCGCCUCCUUUCCGGGAACGAGGGAGGGUUCUUCACCUUGGACCAGACCGGGACGCUGAGGUCCGAUGGCGUCUUCGGGCCCGAGUCCCCGAGGGAGUUCACCCUCGAAGUCCAGGCCCGCGACUCCGGCAGACCUCCUCUGGUGUCGUCUUCCUGGCUCUUCCUGCGGGUCAUCGGGAACAGUCAGUACAAGCCCGCCGCCUCGUCCUUGGAGGUCAUCGUCGUCACGGCAACCGACACCUUCCAGGGCGGCCUGAUCGGUCGCAUCCACGCCACGGACCGGGACAGCAACGACGCGCUGUCCUUUACCCAGAAGCCCCAGCCCCAAAGCAUGUUCAGCAUUAACAGACGAGACGGCAGCGUGACGGCUCUCCCAGGCUUGGAGCCCGGCAGGUACCAGAUGAACGCCACAGUCAGCGACGGACGCUUUGCGGUGAUCGCGGGCGUUUCGGUGCACGUGGAACAGCUGACCGAGGCUUUGUUGCGCAGCGCGCUCGCCUUGAGGUUCGGAUCCAUGUCCCCCGAGGACCUGCUGGGACGCCACCUGGGCCAGAUCAAGCCGGCGCUGCGGACGCUGGCGGGCUGGCGAUGGUCGCCGGGGCAACAGGACCCGCUUCACAUCCUGGGCGUGCAGCCGGCGGAGGGCGAGGGCGGCGUGGACCUCCUCGUGGCCGUCGAGCGACCCGAGACGUCCGGCGCCGGGCGGGCGGGAGGCUUCUACUCGCCGUCGGAGGUGGCCGCCAAGCUGAAGGAGGCGGCGGCGAGGGGGCAACUGCGGGGGGUCCUGGCCGGGGCGGCGGCGGUGGGCGGCGCCUGCUCGGGGAAGCUGGCGUGCGGAGACAGGACGUGCGAGCAGGUGACGGCGACGGAGGCGGGCUCGACCGUCGCCUACAGCACGGAGAGGGUCAGCGUGGUGUCGCCGCGGUUCAGGCGGGUUGAGACGUGCACCUGUCUUGGUGGGACAUGCUCCGCCCCCGUGGAGCUCUGCCAGGGCCAGUCCUGUCCUGCGGACAUGCGCUGUGUACGCACCGGCCCUACGGCGCCAUCUGUCUGCCAGUGUCUACCCGAGCACCUGGACGAGUGUGCAGGCCAAAGCUCGCUGAGUUUCUCGGGCAGCAGCUACAUGAAGUACAAAGUGACGGCGGGCGACCAGAGCGGCGAGAUGAGGCUGAGCCUGAGGGUCCGCACGCUGCAGACCAGGGGGGUCAUCAUGUUCGCCAGGGUCAACCCCUGCACCAUGUUGAAGAUCGAAGGAGGGCGCCUGUGGUUCCAGCUGGACUGCGACAACACGCUCGGCAUCAUGGGAAUCUCCGGCAGGCAGAUCGACGACGGCCUCUGGCACGCCGUCGCCUUGGAGCUGACGGGGAAUUACACCCUCCUCUCGCUGGACGACAGCUACGUGGAGCGCCGGCGCGCAGCCACGGCGCCGGCGCGACUCUGGCCCGUGGCGCCGGAGUCCUCCUUCUUCUUCGGGGCGCAGGUGAGGCCCCAAGCCGGCGAGGCGGCGCCCGGCGUCCAAGAUGGCUUCCAGGGCUGCCUGAGCUCGCUGAUGCUCAACGGGAGGGAGCUUCCUCUCCAGAACAAGCGCAGCCGCUACGCGCAGAUCGCCGGGCUGAGCGAGGUGAAGGCGGGCUGCGUCCUCCACCCGGACCCCUGCGUCAGCACGCCCUGCCUCAACGGGGCCGUGUGCGGCGCUCUGCCUAACGGAGCUUUCGCCUGCACCUGCAGCUCCGGCUUCACCGGGGGGCGCUGUGAGCUCCGAGUGACGCCCUGCAGCACCCGUCCUUGUCAGAACGGGGGCGACUGCCAGGCCGUGGGCGGCGGCUUCGUCUGCAGCUGUCCGCCGGGACUCGGCGGUCUCACGUGUGACCAGGACGUGGACGAGUGUGAGCAGGCCGAGUGUCGCCACGGCGGCGAAUGCGUCAACACGCCGGGGUCCUUCUACUGCAACUGCACGCCUGGGUUCGAGGGACGGCUCUGCGGCGACGACGACGACGACGCAGGCGGCGACACGCAGGCGGAGCCUCUGUCCUACGUCGGGCCCGGCGAGAUCAUCGGCAUAGGCGUCCUCGCCUUCGUCAUCGUCCUCCUCCUCGUUCUCUUCGUCAUCUUCAGGAAAAAGAUCCAGUUCCGGAAGGAUUCAGCGGCGGGGGCGGGCCCCUUGGGGGGCGCGGCGUGCGUGUCGGCCAUCACGGAGACCAGCUACAUGCUGCGCAAGACGGGCAUGGGCGCCGAGGGCAUCGAGUUCAAGGCGGUGCGCGUGACGGGGUCGCCGGGGAAAACGGGCGCCGGUGGCGGCGACGGCGCGGCGGGUCCCCCGCAGGUGACAGUGCGGCCCAACGCCCACUCCCCUCUGCUGGGGGGACACCAGAGCACAGACGGGGACGACGGCGCCUGCGGCGAAGGCGGUCGGCUGAGCUUCCUCGCCGACAUGACCAACAUCAGGGCCAACAGGAGGGGCGUGGCCGUGUGCAGCGUGGCCCCCAACCUGCCCCCUGCCGGCCGCCCCCAGCACAGCCCCGCCCACAAGGUGUCCUGGGAGGGCGGGGCUGCCGAGAGGAGGCGGGACAACGACUGGGGGCACCGGGCGUUCGAGAUGGAGAGGACGGACGAGGGCCACGGCGCUCCACAGGGUGAGCCGACACACCUAGAUGUCGGUCUGUCGUCGGAUUCGGCGUCGGAGGAUCUCAGCUCGUACACCUCAGAGUCCUUUGACGAUAACUCCUCCAUAGUGACAGUCAUACGUCUGGUCAAUGACACGGUGGAUCAUAUCGAAAGUGAAGUGACCAACAUGGACAAGGAGCAGUGGCAGCACAGUCCUGCGUACCUCUGGGACUCCUCCAGCCAGACCUCCGGCUGGUUCUCACCGUCUCGCCUCCGCCCGCCGGACUUGGGCUCCCAUUACAACCUGAGCGACACCCCACAGAGCAUCAGGCGGGGGGGCAGCACCCGCUCCCUGCAGCUGGACUACCGAGCCCCGGUACCGGGCGCCGACAGGAGCCGGGACCCGGGUCCGGAGGUCGGGAGGAGGGCCUUCCAGUGGGAGAGGAACCAGUCCGGGGAGUGGCAGAGGAAGCGGCGGAAUCCGAGUCGGGACCAGCGCGGCAGCUGCUCCUCGCCGGUCUACGAGGAGUACCGAGAACCCAGGCGGGACUCGGAGCCCGGCGAAGACUCGGAGGUCCUUUACGACACCCUGCCCCCGUCACGGGACGCCUACGAGGGAUACCCGUCCAGCCCGCCGGGCCUCAGCUUGCACCCGGCCCAGCUCCUACCCCCGCUGAGGGCGUGGGACUUGCACGCGGAGGAGAACUGGAGGGGGUCCGGGGAAGGCGGCGCUCUGGGCUCCAGCAACGUGACGGGGUCCGGGGACGAGCUGGAGAGACUGUUGAACCUGGUGUCGCUACGAGCCAGGAGGGCCACGCGCACCAACAGGACCUCCACCGGGUCGGAGCCGGCGGCGGGCUGGGACGGGUUUAAGUGAACUUUCAUAAACGACAGCCGGGGGGCGACGUCGACUCGGCAUUUUUCUACGCGGAUCCAUGACGUUAGCGCGGGGGUGUCCUUUGCGUUCUUUCCAAAAUAACACAUAAAAGGAAACGUUGAUGCUAAAAACUGGCGAGGAACAAAGUAUUUUUUUAAACCGAUAAAUUGAUACCGAUAACCAGUUAUCAAUAUUUUUUUUUUCAAUUUAAUUUAAAUAAACAACUUUUUUUGCGGCGUCUUCAGCAGCAGGCUUCUAUGUAGGCGUUUGGACAAGUGUUGAUGUGUUGAAGCGUGAUGUUUUUUUUUCCCCCCCCCCAUGCGAAAUGUUUGCAGGACAUUUUUUUGGUUUUGUUUUUAAACGGUUUGUUUACAACGAGCUUGGGCGGAAAUGACAACACGGGUCAGAGAAAAGGAGCGCUCGAUUUGCUCACCCUGAGUGGGUAACCUUGCUUCAUCAGAGUCUUUUUAAAAAAAAAAAGUUUAACAUCGUUACUGGAUUUAUCGUGAGGCAACAUAAUUCCUUGUAUCGGCAUGGUCAUUAAUCACGCACCCCUUUGAAAAUGAAAUACCCUAUUUUUCGGACUAUCUUUACAUUUGGGAUAAAACAAAACUAUUUUCCACGUAUAAGUCACACUGGACUAUAAGCCGCAGAUAUAUACGUUGUGAAGUGAGUUAUUUACAAGGAAAUAUGUAGUAAAUGAUUAUUUACAUACCUUAAUUGUUUCCCACUGCUGUCUGUAGCACGGCAGUAAAACGGAUGAUCAAACAAAACAGAAGUCGUCGUCGUCAUGGAUACGCUAGCCCUCCAAUCAGCUAAACAGACUCGGACCCGGUGACGUUUUGGUGAAUUCCCGAAACUGAAACAACACAAAAAGAAUGUAAGUUAAUCAUUCUGACACAGACACUCGUAAACGUGUUAGCAUAUUAGCUAAAGCUAACGGCGAUAGCGCGUACAAAUAUGCAUGACAACACGUGGGACACCUUAGUAAGUAAGAAUUGUUUACGCGAUAUUGGAAAACUUACAAACGUUGUUUGAAGAAUCCGUACGGCAAGAAGACGGCGCGGCACUUGAAAGCACCUGCAGUGAGCAAAUUCGUCCAAAAGACGACGCCAGAGCACAAACAAUAAAACAUCUCAGUGUUUUACUUUCUAUAUUAUCGCCGUCAGCGAAGAAAAAUCCAUAAAUUAGCCGCACCGUUUUGUAAGCCGAUGGGUUCAAAGCGUAGGGAAAAAAGUAGCGAUUUAUAUGCUUUAAUUUUCCAGUGUGCGGCUCUCGGGGGAAGACGUUCGGACACUCCUGCGCUAGCAGAGAGACGUAAAUGAGGUGCAGAAGCACCUCCCCCCCCACCCCCACCAUUGUAGAUGUCACAUGACCAGCUUGUUUUAGGGGUACAAGUUGCGGCGCCUGGGAGAUGCUAUUAAGAUGAACGCCAAGCGGGUGCCGGAGAUCCUUGUUCAAUCGUUUCAUUACUCGCCAGUUGUUUAUUUCAUGACGACCGAGGUCAUUUGGCGGCCGAGGUCCAAGCGGUAAUGAAAUAAGACACUUUGAAGAACACACACUCGGCCUCUAAUUGAACUGCACUUCCUGUUAGUUGUCUUCUUUUAUCCGUGUGAAUAAA